AUGUCAGACAUCGAUCUCUCAACACUUCAAACACCGGCCAAAGCCACCGCAGAUUUCUGCCUGAUUCCUCUUGGGACUCCAACUGCGUCGGUUUCAGCACAAAUAGCGGAUGUACAGAGAUUGAUGAAGAAGUCUGGGCUAAAGUAUAGCAUGCAUUCUGCAGGGACGACCGUUGAAGGCUCAUGGGAAGAGGUCACUGGCGUGAUCGGUCAAGCGCAUGCACUCCUGCACGGGAAAGGCGUUGUACGUAUUCAAACAGAUAUCCGAAUCGGCAGCCGCACCGAUAAAACGCAGACGAUGGAAGAUAAGGUUUCAGCCGUCGAGAAACUGCUAGCUGAUAGCAAGUAG